AUGGAUAUGUCGCUUGACGACAUAAUCAAGAACAACAAAAAAUCUGGAUCCAGAAGCUCCCGUUGCCGGACCCAACCCUCCGGAUCUGAACUUACUCGCCGGUUCCCCAACCUUGCCGCCAACUGCGCUGCACCUUAUGCCACCGCUAAGGCGCCGGAGGCGACGUGGCAGCACGAUUCAUAUGUAGAUCAGCAUGUGGCUGCGACGGGGUACCUUACUCAAGGUUUUCGUGCGGCUUCCAUAGAAUCUGGGACCAAGCUUUACAUUUCAAACUUGGAUUAUGGUGUUUCCAAUGAUGAUAUUAAGUAUGAGACAUGGCAGUGA